ACCCGCAGCGCCGCGUCUGCGCACGCGUAGGUCUCAAUUCGGCAAAGCGUCGAAACCCGGAAAUAACCCGUUCCGGUACUUCCAGCUUCGGCUCGGUGUGCAACCUGAAAACGCGCAACCUGAAGCAUCUGUAACCAAAGUUAGGAGUUGUGAGACAACAUAUUGUGGAUCUUUUAAACUGCUGUCUCUUUGGGAAUGACGUGGCAGAACAAGAUUGGGUCAAUAAUUUGCGCUGACAGUUUCAAAGCAUGGAUAUUAAUCACAGUAAAGGAUGCAUCAAUUUCUAAUCAGCGAGGUUUAGUAUUUUCAAACACAAAACAAGACAGAAAGAGAAAGGAAGUUGAAGAUCUAUGGAUGGUGCUCAUUAAUGAGUGAAGAACCAAAAGGUUGGGACUGUGGCCAAGAAGCAAUGGAGAAUAAAAGUUUGGAGACUUCCCCGUCAGACCUAAAGUUAGUGGCCCACCCAAGAGCAAAGAGCAAAGUGUGGAAGUACUUUGGCUUUGAUACCAAUGCGGAAGGAUGUAUAAUGCAGUGGAAGAAAAUCUACUGCCGCAUUUGCAUGGCACAGAUAGCCUAUUCAGGAAACACGUCUAACCUCUCUUACCACCUUGAAAAGAAUCAUCCAGACGAGUUUUGCGAGUUUGUGAAAAGCAACACUGAGCAAAUGAGGGAGGCCUUUGCCACGGCGUUUUCAAAACUGAAGCCAGAAUCGUCUCAGCAGGUUGUUCAGGACACCUUAAUUAUGAAGGCAGGUCACAGUUACGAGAAUAAAAAGCACCAAGAGCUAACAUUGGCAGUGAUUAGCUUACUAUGUGAGGGGUUAUAUCCUCCUUCCAUUGUAGAUGAGCCGACCUUCAAGAACCUUUUAAGAACGGCCGACCCCAGAUAUGAACUUCCUUGCAGAAAGUAUUUCUGCACAAAAGCGAUUCCUGAAAAAUAUAUGGCUGUUAGGGAUGUUGUGCUAAAAGAGCUGACUGAUAUCCCGUGGUGUGGCAUAUCCUCUGACAUGUGGAGAAGUGGGAACCAGAACAGAUCCUACGUAACACUGUCAGUUCAUUUUCUCAGUAGCGGCGCUUCCAGCUGCCUGGCUGUUAAUUCCCGGUGUUUAAAAACAUUCGAAGUGCCCGAGGAAAACACCGCAGAGACUAUUACGCGAGUACUUUAUGAGAUAUUCAUUGAAUGGGGAAUCAAUACAAAAGUUUUUGGUGCUACAACAGAUUACGGAAAAGAUAUUGUGAAAGCUUGCUCUCUUCUCGACAUUCCAGUGCAGAUGCCAUGCUUAGGGCAAACUUUUAAUGCAGGUAUACAGCAAGCUUUUCAGCUUCCUAAGCUGUGUGGUUUCCUGUCGAGGUGUCGGAAGCUGGUGGAAUAUUUUCAGCAGUCUUCAGUAGCCAUGUGCAUGCUGAGCGAGAAGCAGAAGCAGCAGAACACUCCGCCCUGCAUGCUUGUGAGCGAUCGUGUUUCCUGGUGGGGAAGCACUCUUGCCAUGCUGCAGCGACUCAAGGAACAGCAGUUCGUAAUUGCCUCAGUUCUUGUGGAGGACAGCAAUAAUCACCACCUGAUGUUGGAAGCCAAUGAGUGGAAUACAAUUGAAGGCUUGGUGGACUUGCUCCAGCCGUUCAAGCAGGUUGCUGAAAUGAUGUCUGCUUCCAAAUAUCCGACAAUAAGUAUGGUGAAACCUCUCCUUCACAUGCUGCUGAACACAACACUAAACAUCAAAGAAAAUGACUUGAAAGAAAUUAGUAUGGCAAAGGAAGUGAUAGCCAAAGAAUUGUCCACAACAUACCAGCAUGCACCUGACAUAGACAUGUUUCUCAAUGUUGCAACUUUCCUGGACCCCAGGUACAAGAAACUUCCAUUUCUUUCAGCAUUUGAGAGACAGCAGGUUGAAAAUAGAGUGGUAGAGGACGCAAAGAGUCUCCUAGAGGAAGUAAAGGAGAACACAUUGAGGCCUGAAGAAAAGUUUUUUGCUUUGUCUGAAGAGCCACCAGUGAAAAAAAUGGUAAUUUCCUCUACCCCUCCUCCUACUAGCGCCAUCAAUAACAUGCUUGCAGAGAUAUUUUGCCAGACAGGGGGUGCUGAAGACCAAGAGGAGUGGCAUGCUCAGAUUAUUGAGGAGCUGAGUAAUUUCAAAUCGCAGAAAGUUCUUGGACUAAAUGAAGAUCCACUCAAGUGGUGGUCCGACAGGCUAGCUUUAUUUCCUGUUUUGCCAAAGGUACUUCAGAAAUACUGGUGUAUUGUGGCCACAAGGGUUUUCCCCGAACGUCUCUUUGGUUCCUCUGCAAACAUUGUUAGUGCUAAGAGAAAUCGGUUAGCCCCGGCCCAUGUAGACGAACAAAUCUUUUUGUAUGAGAACUCUCUCAAUGGGUCAGAAGCUGAGCCAGAGGAAGAAGAUGAAGGUGAAUGGGGUUUGAAUCAGGAGCACAUCACUAGUCUAAGUGACACCACAAAUGUAAACAGCAGUUUCUUUAAUAUGCGAGACAGUGGCUUCAUGUAGAAGGAACGCUUAAUGGUACAUUUUCAGAGGAAAGGGUGCUUGUUUUAGGUUGCCAUUACCAAAAAAUAGUUUCACAGUGUUGUAGUGUUGUAAAUACCAAAUGCUUGUAACAUAGCUUUGUUUUGUGUGUGUGUGUGUGUGUGUGUGUAUGUGUGUGUGUGUUGUCUUAAAUCUUGAGUGCAACCUGAGACUCCAAAACACAGAAGUAGGCUUGAAAGUUAUUAUUGAAUUCAAAUCCAUAUUCAGGCAAACUUUUAAACAUGUUAAAUGUCCUCUGUUGUUGUAGAUAUUAUUGUUACUAUUAUUUACUGAAUUUAUAUCCUACCCUUCUAUCUGAUGGAGCCCAGGGCAGCAAACACUUCCAUAAUAAAACAAUACUGGUUGUUGUUUUUUUUAAAAAGCAAAACAGCUAACAACAUUCAAAAAAUUUACAGGUAAAUUUACAGUUACAAAUAAAAAGUUUCUUUCAUUCAGGGAUCCCAGGGUUGCCAGGAACAGUAUCAGGGUAAACAGGAACAUGGAUCAAGGCAGACUGGAUAGCUCAGUUGCUUAGAGCACGGUGUUGAUAAUGCCAAGGUUGCAAGUUCGAUCCCCAUAUGGGACAGCUGUAUAUUCCUGCAUUGCAGGGGUUGGACUAGAUGAUCCUCAGGACCCCUUCCAACUCUACAUUCUAUGAUUUUCAGAUUCCUUCUGAAAGUCAGUAAUAAUAUUGGAGACAGACCCACCUCACCAGAAAGAGCAAUUCCACAAAUGGGAAACCACUACUGAAACGGCCCUGUUGUAGGUCAACACCAACAAGGGAGCCCCAAGUGGUGGCACCAUCAGCAAGUCCUUACCUGCCAGUUGUAGAAUCUGAUGUGGUUGAUCCUCAAGAAGGUGUUCAUUUAGGUAAUUGGGCCCCAAGCCAUUUAGGGGUUUAUAUACUGGUACUAACACCUUGAAAUGGAUCUACUAGCUCACCGGAAACCAGUGAAGCACUUUCAGGACCAGUGAAGGGCUGUGUCACUUACCAGCCUAGCAGUCACAUUCUACAGCAGUCCAGACAGGUUACUAGAGCAUAGGCAACUGAAGCCAGGCUGUCCUGGUCCAAGAGUGCUGUAGCUUGUGAAUCGGCCUAAGCUGGACAUCAGCACUCCAUCAGCACUCCUAUCUCUUGAGAGUUGGUGAUGUGUCUGAAUCCAGGAAUACUCUCAGACCACAAGCCUGUUCCUUCAGGGGCAGUGUAGUUCAUCCUAGAACAGGCCACACACCUAAUUUCUGGACAUGGGAGCUGCCAAACACAGUACCUCAAUUUUACCAGUUUAUUGCUGAGCAGCAAUCUCCUAGUAGUACUUUCUGGUAGCAACCCUACAGGUAGUGGAACCACUGAAUAUAGUAGUUCCAACUCCCAGCUCAUGGUUAGUGGUGUCAAAAGUUGCUGAGGGGUGAAGGUGAAACAACACAGUCACCAUCCCCAUCUCUCUCCUGAUAAAGGCAAUCAAGGCUAUUCUUGUGUCCAAACAAGAUCUGAAACCAGAUUGGAAUGGAUAUAGAUAAUUUGCUUCUGCUUGCUGGCCACUACCCUCUUGGUCAACUUGGCCUGGGAAGGGAAUAUUGAGAGACUGUAGAUUUUCUAAAACCUUUGGAACCAGGUAGGAUCUAUUAAAGAAGAGUCAAACCACUGCCUAUUUUAAGGUGGUGGGAUUAACUUCUUCCCACAGUGAGGCAUUCUUUUAGGAAUAGAAAUAAAAAGAUUCCUUCAGUAGCACCUUAAAGACAUCUGAUGAAGUGUGCAUGCACACGAAAGCUCAUACCAAAAUAAAAACUUAGUUGGUCUUUAAGGUGCUACUGAAGGAAUUUUUUUAUUUUUGUUUCGACUCAGACCAACACGGCUACCUACCUGUAACUAGUUUUAGGAAUAGGACACACAAGUAAAAAGGGUAACUUCUAAUCUAAGCAAUUAAUCAGCCCUUCUGCUACAAACAGAACUAACAUGUUGAAUGGUCAAGCCUAACAGAUGGUUUAACUCCAUUGCAGAGUUUAUUUGCUGCAGGGGUUUGAAGUCUUAAAAGCUUUGAUCUGAACAUCCUCAAGUGUUUAAAUAUUUAAAGUUUUAAAGGUAAGAUCAGAAAACCAAGGCUUUUUUUU